AUGGCUGCUAACAACAAUGGCUUUUUAAAAUCAUCACCAAAACAAAUGACUGAUUCAUGGAUUCUUAUUGAUGAUCAUGAUGAAGGAGAAUUUGUUGUUAUUGAAAAUGAGCAGUGUAAAGAACAACAAAAAUCAUCACCACAAACAAAACGACCAUUAGAAUCAAAUAAUAAAUCAUCAAAUAUAAUUCAACCUUUAUCAGGUGUUGUAAAUAAUAAACAACAUAAUAAAAAACGUAAAUGGAAGGUUCUUUAUUCAUUACCAUCAACAGGAACUCAAGGAAAUGUUAGUGCAGCUAAUCUUGAUUCUUAUGUUAUAGAUCAACAUGAACAAUUAUUUGACAAACGUGAUUUAUUAAAUUCACAAAAACGUAUUAUUACAGUCAAGUGA